CACUUGUCUAUUCUUCCCAUUUACGGCAGCAUUGGUCCUCAAUCCCAGACAACACUUGUACGCUACAGUUGCUCAUAAUUCUUUCUACACAUGUACACAGUCGGUCCGUCUGCCUCAAUCCACACCCACUGGAGGUAGCACUUUUUGGCUUUCUAUAGCAAAAACCUGAAUUUGUUCUGUCUGCUACCUGCCUUAAACUAGUCAAGAACAAGCCCCACAUCGCCUUAUUCUUAUAAAAUAACCUACACCACCUCCCCACCCCACCAAGCAUCUAACACUUUUUUUCUUUAUGUUGUCCACUGCUUGUGAAAGAGAAUCAGGACUGCUAUGUAGCAACUAGCAGAGGAGUAUCUGUGAGAAUACUUGUGUGCUUGUGAGCAUAAAAAGAGGUAAGAAUCUAAACUAUGAUGGCAACAGAAAGCCCCAUUAGGAUAUUGGAAGGGACAGAAAAAUGGUCGCACCUUAAGCAGUCUACAACAUAUGGGCCAUCGUCUUCCAAGAUCAGCUUUGAAGAUCUGGGUUUGUUUGUCAAAGAUCAAAGGUUGGAAAGCCUUGAGAAGGAUGUGAUGCCAAGCCGGAGUGGAAGUGCACCCCCAAGCAUGGAAGGUUCUGUCGAAGCAGUUGACCACAUAGUUUCCCAGAGGAAAUCCACUUUGAGUCCUAGCUUGCUAUAUCCAAACAUCUCUGCUAGUAAUCGUGAGACUGAGCUGCAAUUUCUUGCUGAUCCAUCAUCAUCGUCAUACCAUGGAUCCAAUAUAUUUUCGGACCGAAGGCUUGGUGGGCCUCACAAAUCAAUGGAGAAUUUGCCUCUAUUUCUGCCUAGUGGUAGUACUGGCAGUGAUUGGAAAAUAACUCCUUAUGCUAAAUUUGUGGAUGCCACUGUGCAAUUGCCUUGGAAUAGUCUUCCAGCUCAUGAGGAAGAGUCUGAGGAGGAUGGAUCAUCUGAACAGAGUGCGUCUUUGUCUUUUGAUAAAGCUGCUUUGCCGGUUUACUAUGGUGGUUUAUUGGACUCAAUGCAGGAAACUUCCCAACUUGCUUCAUCACCUACAUAUGAUCGGAGUCACUCCUUGGGCUAUAAACCUGGGGAAGAGACAGUAGUUUCUGAUGUUGAACCUCAUAGCCUGGAUAAUAUCUCUAUUAGCAUAUCAACUGCUCGUACUAAUGCUCCCACCUCAGAUUGUAUUAAGAAAGCCUCAGCACUUGAUGGCCCCAGGGAUACAGUAGUUAGGUCAGCUGUACACGAAAGAGACUUCAAUGCUAUAAAUGCCAAUGCGCAGGAUAAUAUCCCGACUGCAGGAUCCCAUGUUGAAGCUGGAAGGAGUGUUAAUGGAACUCGUCCUUCUAAUUCCAAUACUAAUAAAUUUCACAAGAAAGAGCAACUUUCCCCUCAAAAUAACAUGCCGCAACAGCAAACACCUCGACAUGAAAGCAACCCUUAUCGAGUUCAGGUCUCUUACUCACAAACGAUAAAUCCAGAACUGAGUCAUUUGUACAGUAGCUCGAACCAAUUUCCUUAUAGAUCUUUAAGUGUUUCAAGGGCAGAGGUUCAACCAAUUCUCCAGUCAUCUGGAUUCUCACCUCCACUUUAUGCCACAGAAUCUGCUUUUGUGACUUCACCGUCUCCAUUUUAUCCAUAUCUGCAGCCACCGGGCUUCUUCGCUCCACAAUAUAGCAUGGAUGGAUAUGCAUACAACUCUGCGUUUCUGCCUUCCUAUCUGCCUGGGUUUCCCUCUCAAGGUGCUGGUGCUAUGGCAUUUGACAGUGCCUCCUUUCCCAUUUCUGGAGUUUCAGAUGGAGGAAAUCUACAUGCAUAUAAUAUGCAAAAUCUACAGAAAUUUUGUGGUCAAGUGGGAGUCCCUGUGCAACCUUCAUUCUCCGAUUUAUUGCAUAUGCAGUUUUUCCGGCCAGCUGUACAAGAUCUUUAUGGUACCUGUGGUCAUUUUAGUCAUCAGAUACGAGGAGAUGGUGCUGUUUUGAACCAAGUGAAUUCUCACGCCUCACAGAAAGGGGCAAACCUCGUUGGUCUGUCGAAUGACCAUAAACCUCAACAUUCAGCUGCUGCAGGUUGCAACACUUAUGAUCCCCAAACAGGUAAUAUAUCAAGUCACUAUUCUUUUGGAAGCCCAACCAGUGUUGGUCCUUCAGUGCAAUUUCCUCCUGCAUCUGCUGCUAAUCGAAUAGUGCAAGCAAAACCUGUGGGGGGAACCAAUUCUCCCAGAGGGAGAUAUAAUAUCGGUCAUUCUCACUCUAGUGGUAACCCUAGCAAAGCUUAUAGACACCAAAGUCAGAACUGGAGUAAUAUGAAUCCGUAUUCUUUUCUUGAAGAGUUGAAAUUGGGUAAAGGUCAAAGAUUAGAGCUAUCCGAUAUAGCCGGACAUAUUUGUGAAUUCAGCGCGGACCAACAUGGAAGUAGAUUCAUUCAGCAGAAGUUGGAAACUUGUAGCGUCGAAGAGAAAGCUUCUGUUUUUAAGGAAGUUAUUCCGAAUGCUUCCAAACUAAUGACUGAUGUUUUUGGUAACUAUGUCAUUCAGAAGCUUUUUGAGUAUGGUAGCUCAGAGGAACGGGAGGAGCUUGCAAAUCAACUGGAAGGUCAAAUUUUGCCAUUGAGUUUGCAGAUGUACGGGUGCCGUGUAGUCCAAAAGGCUGUUGAAGUUAUUGAUAUAGAACAAAAAGCAAGGCUUGUCAGGGAGCUGGACGGACAUGUAAUGAGAUGUGUCCGUGAUCAAAAUGGAAAUCACGUUAUACAAAAAUGCAUUGAGAGUAUCCCCACAGACAAAAUUCAUUUCAUAAUUUCUUCUUUUCGUGGUCAAGUAGCAACACUUUCAACGCAUCCUUAUGGUUGUCGUGUCAUACAGAGGGCCCUGGAGCAUUGCAAAGAUAAAUCACAGACGCAGUUCAUAGUGGAUGAGAUUUUGGAUUCAGUUUACUCCCUUUCUCAGGACCAGUAUGGUAACUAUGUCGCACAGCAUGUAUUAGAGAUGGGUAAGCCCGGCGAAAGGAGUGAAAUCAUUGAGAAAUUAUCUGGAUCUAUAGCAGAACUGUGCUUGCACAAGUUUGCAUCAAAUGUUGUCGAAAGGUGUCUGGAGUAUAGUGAUUCUACUUCAAGAACCAUACUGAUAAAGGAGAUUAUCGGUCAUGGUGAUAACGAUGAUAAUUUAUUGAUUAUGAUGAAAGACCAAUACGCCAAUUAUGUCAUACAGAAGAUUUUACAAGUAUGUAGCAGCGAUCAGCAGGACAUGUUGCUUGGUCUAAUAAGAAACCAUCUUACUGUGUUAAAGAAGUACACAUACGGGAAGCACAUCGUUGCUCGAUUCGAAGAGCUAUACGGUGAAGCCAUUUCAAUGCUGUCCAGAAAUUCAAACGUCAGAAUCGUAGGGCCGGGAUGUCGACAGUGAAGCAGCUGGUAUUGCUGUGACUUCACAAAAGGGCAUUGAAUUCCUGAAAGCUAUUCAGCAAAAGUAUUUAAUACCAAACGAUUGGGGCCCAAUUUAUAUGAUCAGAAUUCGACUUCCAGAACUUCUAUUGUAGAUUACUUGCGCAUGUAAAGCUUAGGCAAUGUACUAGGUAGAACGUUCUUCUGUACCAUCUGUACAUAUAAGGCUGUCGGAUCCACCUGGACGUUGUUGACGCUUCUAUGCAUACACUUCUUUGCUUUGGUUUUACUAUUAUUCA